AUGCAGGUCACAAGAUCAUUGCAAACGAUCACAUCAAGUUCAUUACGUGCCGGUUCAUCAUCGACAUCCAUCACACGAUGUAUACGACCGAGGUCAGCUCAGGCAGAUCGAUAUCUCGCCAUACAUCACUUUUUCACUCGCCAAGCGUCUCUCACUCGUCAUGUUCCCCUUGUCAGUAUCAGGCCUACUACAGGUCUGUUUUCACAUAGACAAAAGCUAGCAUUUGGUCGAAGGUGGAGUUCAACCGAUAAUUCCAAAGCACCUUGUCCGAAUUGUCAAGGAUCAUCCGUAACCAAUACACCUCUCACACCCCCUCCUCCCUCCACUACAACGUAUCAUCAGGGUCAUGCUCAAGAUUAUGCCCCAUUCAUCAGGAGAUUGAUCAAGAAUUCAACAGCAAUAGCACCGAAUUCACCCCAUCGGCCGACGAAAGAGGAAUUACUGAACGCUGCUAGUGGAUGGUGGCAAAGAUUGAGAAUUAGGAUAAAAUGGUUUACGAUUAGAGGUUGGAGGAGGUUCAAUACGGAUGAUAUGAGUGCAUUCGCUAGCUGGUUUGUGGUGGGCAAUACACUCUGGAUUCUAGUUGGAACAACCACAUUCGUCUCUGCUAUAUUCGCUGUCCUCAAUUCACUGUCUUUGCAGGAAUACGUUGCCAGGUGGAUUUCCGAUUAUAUGACUUAUAACACAGGCGUGACUGUAAUCUUCGAAUCGGCGAUCGUACCUAAAUGGGCUUCUUCAACGAUAGUCUUCCGGAACGUAUACGUCUCUCGUCGACCAUCCACGGACAAUCCUGAACCAGAAGUCCACAAGACUAAACAGCUCAAAGCGGAAACUGCCAAACCACCUUCACCUAUCCCAUUCCUCUCUUCAGCUAUGUCACCCGAGACGUACCUCGCGCCUCCUCUUGCAAGCGAAACAGAUAAUUAUACAAUGUUCGAUGUCAAUAUCGAUGAGGUUGAGGUGUCUUUGAGUCUGAAACGGUGGUUGGACGGAAAAGGUCUGGUCAAGGAUGCUAAAGUAAAGGGUGUAAGGGGCGUUGUCGACCGUCGAUCUGUAUGGUGGGAUACAUCCAAACCGCUUUCGCCAGCGGAAUACAGGCAUGAAACUCACUCAGGCGAUUUCGAAUUCGACUCUUUCCAAGUUGAAGAUGCCCUUAUCACGAUCUAUCAACCUGGUGGACAAAGACCUUAUAAUGUAUCGAUCUUCAAUGCUGUUGUUGGACCUUUGAGGAAAAGAUGGCUGUUUUACGAUAUGAUGUGCGCGGAGGGAAUGACAGGUCAAUUUGAUAAUUGUCUGUUCAGCUUGCAUAUGCCUCAAAAGUUAGGAAAGACUAGAGACGAUGGAGAUAUGGUCAAGAGAAUGGCUCGAUUCCGUAUCGAUGGAUUACCUAUCGAACAUGCCCAAUACGCUACUGGUCAUACCGGACCAAUGAGUUGGAUCACCUCCGGUAAAUUAGAUGCAGUACUCGAUAUCAAAUUCCCAUUCCAUCCCGAUGAUUCAGUUGAUAUCAAAGCUAUAUUCGAUGAGAUCUCAAGAAACGUCGUAACCAUAACUCAAGGUGUGCACCCGGAGGACCCAACCAAUAAAGUCAUACCUGGACAAGCUAGAUUGGCCCGACCACCUUUACGUGCACCCAAGGAACCUGGAUAUGAGCUGUCAGAAGAAGAAAGGGAAACUAGAAGACAGGUGGUGGUGGAUUUAGAUUUGAGGUUCAGGGAUUUGAAAGCUGCUGUUCCGAUUUAUACCACCGAUCUGAGCGUUGCGAAUAAUGCCCUGAUUAGACCUAUCGUGGCUUUCAUCAAUGCAAACAAGACUUUGGUACCUAUACAUUGUCAAGUAGCUGCGGACCUCGACGACUUUGAUGGAUCGUGGACUCUAUUUGAGACCGGUUUGAUGACCUCUUUAUCUGACCAAAUUUACGCCGCUCUCGCUCAUCACGUAUCAUCCGAAGCUGCCAACUCGAAACGGAUCAGACAAGUUGGAUUCUGGGGUAUACAAAGAGGCGCUGAAGUACUGGUGGAUACGCUGAGGAAUGUGGUGGAUCCUGCCCAUGCUCAGCUAGCUGCUAUAUGA